AUGGGCAAGGCCGGGAGAGUCGCGUGUAUUUUCACGCCCUAUAUGCUUUCGAUUGCGACUUUAGCAAACUUAAAAGAUAUAAACACAAAUCCUAGAAACCUUGACAAAUCGCUUAUUCCAAUCCAAAAAGGCCUGCAACUGGCCAAAUCUUCUAAUAAGCUGCGCGAGGAAUAUAUCGUCGGCCUUUACAACCACUGCUCUGGAAAUGCGGAUGGCAGUAACUACCAGUGCUCCGAAAGAAAGUCAAAAUACUGGUUUGAUCCAGUUGAAGUGUGGGGCUUGGGCGAUACCGUGAAGAACUAUUACCCUAAGGGCCUCGCAGAUGGACUCAAUGCAUACAAGAAAGUCGCCAAAUGGUUAUUUAUUGCAUAUGCAAUUUCCAUUGCGGCGAGUGUCGUGCAGCUCCUGGUUGGCAUUUCAGCCAUCUUUAGCCGAUGGGGCAGCUUCGCAACAACUAUUUUUGCAGCCGCCACUGCUCUAUGCACUAUCACUGCUUCGGUCACGGCAUCAGCACUGUACACUAUCGUCUCCGGCGCGGUUACUGUUGGCCUAGAGCCCUUCAACAUCUCGGCAAGCAUGGGCGCACGUAUGUUCGCGAUCACCUGGCUCGCCUCCUUGUUUGCAUUUUCUGGCUGCGUGUUCUGGCUGUGCAGUGUUUGCUGCUGCUCGGGAAGAUCUCCAUAUGAUCACAAAACAAAAUCGAAAGAUGGCAUCGAUGCCGAAAAGGCACCAUACUCUUACGAGCGUGUCUCCAGCCCUUACACGGGUAACAACAUGGGAGGCUCCUCGGUUCCUCUGAAUCCUAUGCCCCCUUCGCAUGGUCCGGCGUACGAACCCUAUAGAGGUGACCAUCGCGCAUAG